UCUGUAUCCUCGUAUCUUCUCUGUUCUAUCUCUAUUUCACAUACAAAAAUACAAAACAAAAUAACUAGAAAGAAGAAGAUGGAUACGAAGAAGACAGGGAUAAAGAAAGAGAGAAUACCAUCACAGAAAGAAGAAGAAGGAACAGUGAGGAAAGGACCAUGGACUAUGGAAGAAGAUUUGAUCCUAUUUAAUUACAUCCUUAAUCAUGGUGAAGGUCUUUGGAACUCCGUCGCCAAAGCAUCUGGUCUAAAACGUACGGGAAAAAGUUGUCGGCUCCGGUGGCUGAACUAUCUCCGGCCAGAUGUGCGGCGAGGGAACAUAACAGCAGAAGAACAUCUUUUGAUCAUUCAACUUCAUGCUAAGCUUGGAAACAGGUGGUCGAAGAUUGCGAAAUAUCUUCCAGGGAGAACGGACAACGAGAUAAAGAAUUUCUGGAGGACAAAGAUUCAGAGACACGUGAAAAUGUCUUCGUCGAAAAAUACUAAUAAUAUUCGUCAUUGUUUGGGAAACUCGCAGAGCUCGGUGAUAACGGCGACGGACCAAGGAAGCUCCAGCAAAGGCUUAAUCUCGCCGGCGACGACAACGACAUCGUUUCAUGUGAUGGAACAGUCAAACGACAGUUACUGGAACGUUGAAGAUAUAUGGCCCCUUCAGUUGCUUAAUGAUGACCACCAAGUGAUUUAAUUUUGGUCACAGUAGUUUAAAUGACUAUGCAUUUGCUAGCCCUACAUAUGAUGCCCGAUCUGAUUUUUUUUUUUUUUUUGUAUGUUACGUUCUUUGGUUUUCCUAUAUUGCUGAAUCUUGUUUCAUUUACCUAUCAUUUGUAAUGUUUUAAUGCAAUCAUA